GCUCUUUCCUCUCGCUUCUGCUUUUUCAUCGGGUCCUGCCGCUCUCCUGUCCCCUCCAGCCGAGCCAGCUCCCCCUCACGGUCGACGAACGCCCAGCAAGUGCCUGCUGUCCCAACCGCCCCUCCUCUCCGUCUGCCGAAUCUCUCGCCCGUCAUGUCCGCUGCCUCCAUCCAGUCCGCCUCGACCGUGCCCUCGCUGGCCCCCACCGUCAGCGAGGCUCCCAAGAAGGUCACCCUCACCGGCUAUGUCGGCUUCGACUCGAUCACCAACCAAAUCGAAAAGAAGCUGCUCAAGCGUGGCUUCACCUUGAACAUCAUGGUUGUCGGCCGCACUGGUCUUGGAAAGUCCACUCUGGUCAACACCCUGUUCGCCUCGCACCUCAUUGACUCCAAAGCUACCAAGAAGCCCAGCGAUCCUCAGCGCCAGACCACCGAGAUCAUGACCGUCAGCCACGUCAUCGAGGAGAACGGUGUCAAGCUGAAGCUCACCAUCACCGACACCCCCGGCUACGGCGACCAGGUCAACAACGACAACUGCUGGGAGCCCAUCAUCAAGCACAUCAAGGAGCAGUACUCUGCCUACCUCCGCAAGGAGCUCACCCCCAACCGCGACAAGCGCAUCGCCGACACCCGCAUCCACGCUGUCCUCUUCUUCAUCGCCCCCAGCGGCCACGGCCUCGCUCCCCUCGACAUUAUUGUCAUGAAGAAGCUCUCUGAGAUCUCGAACGUCAUCCCCGUCAUCGCCAAGUCCGACUCGCUCACCCCGGAGGAGCGCACUGCCUUCAAGAAGCGCAUCAAGGAGGAGAUUGACUUCCACGGCAUCCGCGCCUACCCUUACAUCGAUGUCGACGAUGACGAGCUGGAUCGUUCCGAGAAGCAGCUUGUCCAGCAGAUCCGCGACAUUAUCCCCUUUGCCAUUGUUGGCUCUGAGCGCAACAUUGUCGUCGAAGGCAAGGCUGUUCGUGGACGACGAACCCGCUGGGGCAUGAUCAACGUCGAGAACGAGCAGCACUGCGACUUUGUCCACCUCCGCAACUUCCUUGCCCGCACCCACCUCCAGGACUUGAUCGAGACCACCUCACAAAUCCACUACGAGGCCUUCCGCACCAAGCAGCUCCUGGCGCUCAAGGAAUCCACCAUGUCUGCAUCAAAGUAAGACGGGGCCAUGAAACCCCGUCCGGCACAGCAAUAAAAGCCAAGGCGACUCGCUCUUUUUUUCUCUCUCUCUCUCCUUCUUUCUUGCCGACCUCUCUCCCCCGCAAAACAACAAUGGACAUGUAGAAGUAUUAGAGGGGAUUUCUCAGCCUCCUGGCUCGUCCUUACCUUUUUUUUUGUUUGACUAUUGCACUAUCUUUUCUUCUAUUGCCUUUCUUUACACUUCUCGACGCCCACCCUUUGCCACUCUAUCCCUUCGUAUUCCAACCUUGCCUGGCCUCCUCUGAUCUCUCUGCGCAGUUGCCGUGCACCCCUUUCCUCUCACUUUUCCCUCGCCGUCUCGCUCCUUUGCCGUUGCCAGGCUGCUCGCUCUCUGCCGUGUGCUCGGUGACGGAUAAAGGCUAAUCCUUGGUGCGUUUUUUUGAACAAUAUAUGGAAUCCACAUGCAGUCAGCGUG